AUGUAUUCUCCGACAAAAGUAGACUUCGAGCCUCGCCCGGGUCGUAGCACCAUUUGGGUGCAUGCCGAGGCGUUUGGUUUUGGCCCCAGCAGCUUGCUCCUUACGCUGGCUCCUAUGCUACGGACUCUAGCUUCCUCUAUCGGACCACAAACAACGACCGAGUAUGUUGGCCAAGGACACACCUUGGAUCUCAAUACAUCGCCACCAUGGGAUAACGUCCAUGACUGCGAUAUCUCCACGGACCAGGGCAAGCAGGCUCUGGGUGACCUCUUUCGCCUUCAGCAGCCGCUCCUCAUUGUCAUUAUAUGUGACGCUGCUUUCGUAGAGCUGCUGUCCGGGUUUGGGGCUAGGAGACUUAUUGUCAUCGACCCUCUCAUGUGGUUCUGGCCAUCUGUUCCUCGGGCUUGGGCAAAUGCGAGCCUGCUGAUUGCAGUGGACUACAUUGGCGUCCGAGCUCGAGUCGACAAGGCAAAGAUGCACAACGCCGUUGUGGUUCCUCCGCUUGUGCCGUCUAUCGGUCGACCGGUCUCAAAAGGCCCGAGGAAAGGCACCUUGGUCAAUCUGGGCGGCCUGCAGAAUCCAUUCAUUUCCGUCGAAGAGAACAUCGCCUUCGCGAGCCUGGUGCUCUCAGUCGUCGAACAGGCCAUCAAAGCCCGAAACUGCCCUGAUGAUCUCCCCCUGCAUUUCCUGACCAGCCAAGGAGUGUGUGCCGGGAUGCAAUCAGAUGUGGCCACCUCAACAUCCCCGGAGAAAGCGCGUGUUCUCUUAUCGCAAUGCAAAACGGCUUUCCUCACAUCGGGACUAUCGAACAUUUAUGAUGCUGCAGAUUGCGGAGGCCGUGUCGUCUUUCUGCCGGCCACCAAUGGGUCGCAGGGAGAGCAGCCGGAGCUCAUGGAACGAGAUCUUGCCUGCACCUUUACGCGUAUUGACUGGCAUGAACUGAAUAUAACGAUGCCAAAGGUGGAGUAUUCCAAUACGAGCGAUGCCGAAUGCUUUCCUUUGAUUCAAAUUCAUCAAAAGGCGCUUGUGGAGGAUCGCAUAGCACAGGGACGGUUUGUGGAGAGGGUUCUCGAAUGUUAUGAGGCGGAGGAGGAUAACGCGAAGGAAUUACAAAUUCUCUUCUCUGCCUUCGGGCGUGAUGACGGAACUUUGGUUAUGAAUGCCAUCGUCGACACGAUCAUACCCUUUUAUUCGGGCCUGGAAUUUUAG